CGUCACUGAGGUCAAACGGGAGGAAAGAUGGCGAGCACCUAUGAGAGUUUCAACUUGCGCACCACACCAGAGAAGUUUUAUAUCGAGGCCAAUGAUGAUGGCUGUGUGGACGUCCUGGCUAUUGACAGAGUAUCCACAGAGAUGACCCUCACAGUGAGGAGGGACGUCCCUGCAUCUGCUGAAGCCAGGCAAAUAUGUGGACUUAUGGGGACGAUGCGUUUGGUAGCAGGUAUGUACCUCAUUGUCAUCACAAAGAAGAAGAAGGUGGGAGAUCUGCUGGGUCACCCUGUGUGGAAGGCUCUGGAGUUUGACAUCAUCUCAUAUAAGAAGACAAUCCUGCACUUGACAGACAACCAGAUGCAAGACAACAAGUCCUUCCUGUCCAUGAUCAACAACGUGCUUCACACAGAUGGUUUCUACUUUGCCACAGACUACGACCUAACCCACUCUCUGCAGCGCUUGGCCAACACCAGCCCUGAGUUUCAGGAGAUGAGCCUCCUGGAGAGGGCAGAUCAGCGUUUUGUGUGGAAUGGACACCUGUUGAGGGAAUUCAUUGCACAACCAGAGUUACACAAGUUUGUGUUUCCUGUGGUUCAUGGCUUUAUCAUCAUGAAGUCGAGCUGCAUCAAUGGGAAGGUUUUUGAAUGGAGUAUCAUCUCCAGGAGGAGCUGCUUCAGAGCUGGUGUCCGAUACUACGUCCGAGGCAUUGAUUCAGAAGGUCAUGCGGCUAACUAUGUGGAAACGGAGCAGAUCGUGCAGUACAACAGUGCCAAGGCUUCAUUGGUUCAGACAAGAGGCUCCAUUCCCUUCUACUGGUCCCAAAGGCCCAAUCUCAAGUACAAGCCAAAACCUCAGAUCAGCAAAACAAUUAACCAUAUGGACGGAUUCCAGAGACACUUUGACUCACAAGUUAUUCUCUAUGGAAAACAAGUAAUUUUGAACUUGAUCAACCAAAAGGGCUCGGAGAAACCACUGGAGUUGGCGUUUGAAAAGAUGGUGACGAGCUUGAAUAACGGCAUGAUCAAGUACAUAGCCUUCGACUUCCAUAAAGAGUGCAGUCGGAUGAGGUGGCACCGCCUGCAGAUCUUGUUGGAUGCCGUCAGUGAAAUGCAGAAUGAAUUUGGGUAUUUCCUGGUGGACGCAGAUGGGAAGGUGCUGUCGACCCAGGAGGGGACGUUUCGGAGUAACUGCAUGGACUGCCUUGACCGAACCAAUGUCAUUCAGAGCCUUCUGGCCCGCCGCUCACUGCAGUCACAGCUGCGGAAAAUGGGAGUCCUCCAUGCUGGCCAGCAGAUCGAAGACCAAGCAGACUUUGAAAAGAUGUAUAAGAAUGCCUGGGCUGACAACGCUGACGCCUGUGCCAAACAGUAUGCUGGUACCGGAGCUCUGAAAACCGACUUCACCAGGACAGGGAACAGGACGAAGUGGGGCCUGCUGAUGGACGGAUGGAACUCCAUGAUCCGAUACUACAAGAACAACUUCUCCGAUGGUUUCAGACAGGACUCCAUUGACCUGUUCCUUGGAAACUACGCCGUGGAAGAAGCUGAUUGGACCACGCCCCUGCGGGACCCCAAAGACUGGAAGUUCCUGACAUUGCCUAUCAUCAUGGUGGUAGCAUUCUCCAUGUGUAUCAUUUGUCUGCUGAUGGCUGGUGACACAUGGACCGAGACUCUGGCCUAUGUUCUGUUCUGGGGGAUGGCCAGUGUAGUAACGGGCGGCGUCAUCCUCUUUAACGGACGGGACUUCGUUGACGCCCCUAAGCUGGUCCAGAAGGAGAAGCUGGACUGAAUGUGUGUGUGUGGAAAGCAGCUUGGCCCCAGCGAGCUCACCACCUCAUCCUCUGCGUAUUCAUCACUUUACCCCCACCACCAUCAACAUCAGCAGGCCUGGAGCCUUUACUAACAGAGAGGGUGGAGGUGAAGAGGAGGAAGGUGGAGGGCAGCAGGGCCGGGCCUCGUGCACGAUAAACGGCGGAUGAUGUACAGAGACUGGGAGUGCACGGGCCUGCUGCUGUCCACACAGCAGCGAUUACACGGACAGGACUGUCUGUCCACUAGUUUUACUGUACACUGAACCUUUGCGUUUGUCUUUAGUGGAAUGCUGUGGCGAAGGAUACGUCACUACUUUGUCCCACUGCAUUCUGCUAACAGGAUACGUUUGGAUGAGACUCAGCUGCUGUGAUAUCACAGCACAACUGCUCAUGAAUUCUGUAUUUGCCUUUUGUCUUUAAAUCUGCUUAUGCCAAUGUAUUUAUCUAUGUAGAGCAGCUGUGUCCCAUCGUGGACACCGCCUGCUUUAAAGACCACCUUUCAUCCUUGUGUCCAUCUCAAAGGCUAGAGGGAAUGCGGCCUUUGACAGAACAGUAUUGUUAAACCGCCUAUUCAUUUGUUUUGAAACUGUGCAUCUGUGUGCACAUUAUUGCUACCUUUAUGUCAUGCAUUCCUGGGCAUGAUUCAUGAUUGUGCACGUCCUCAAAAUGCAGUUCAGAAACUACCUGAUGGGGCAUUAUCAGGCACUAGAGGCCAGCAGCAGCCUGGGAUCUUCAGCAUUUUAAAAAAUCUUUUGCAAAAAUUAACAUUGAUGUAGGGCUGGGCGAUCGCCAUAGGAAUCAUAUCUUAAUAUAUUUAGGAUAAAUGAAAAUUGACAAUAUAUAUCUUGUGAUAUUCUUCUGAAGUAGGUAAAAUUUCAGUUGUAAUCCAAACCUAUACAAGAUGUGACAGACAUAGAAUCAAUAUAAAGGUUGAAGCACAUGAAAAAUGAAUAUAAAGCUUCUGAUAAAGACUGAAAGUACUGAGCUGUGUUUGUGAUGACAAGGGGCGUUGAACUACAGAACACGGCAGGACCUACAACCAUUGCAUUUAAGUUUUCUAUGUCUAUUCACUCCAUCUUUCAUCAUCGUCAUCCGUGUUUCUGUAUUUUCUGCACUGAAAACGUUGCCAUGGAGAUGAUCUGAGCUUCUGUACAGCUGUCAUGACCUCAAACCGUUGGAAAAAAAAACCAUUAGACAAACUUCUGCAGGUUCUAUCAGACUAAGUGUUAGCUAACUGUCAGUGCGGACAGACUCUAAAGUAGUGUUAUCAAGGUGUAAAGCCCAGCAGCAUUUAUAUUGGAAACAAUCCAUGAUGCAAUGCUCAGCCCAUUUUAAAUGAAUGUGUGAAAAGUGAAACAUGAUGCCAGCAGCUUUAAAAAAAAAA